GGCUGCUUUUUUCUUCAUAUUAAAAUAAUGAAGAAGAAUUCCCCGCAAAAACACAUUAUUUGGCACGAAAUUCGACAUUUUCAAGUGUGGUAAAAAUAUUGUUGUUUACGCUUCAAAUAAAAAACUUAUACUGACGUUUGUGCCUUACGACAGUAGCUCUCCAAUGAAUGUUUGGAAAUGUGGAUCGAUGGAAUAAUAAUCAAGUUACGCCAUCUGUUGUAAAACCGCACGAACUUAUAAAUAGACCUAUUAUAAAAAUAAUUUUAAUUUUAAAGCUUCUUUUUUAUUGAGUUUGGGAAACUCAGAAAGUUAAAAGAUAUAUACAUUUUUUAUAAAGCUUCAAUAAUUUCAUCAAGUUCAUCAUACUCCUCGCAUAAAAAAGGAUACUUCCUAUUACGUUAAGUUUUAAUAACCAGAAAAUCAUAAUAAAUUAAUAUAAACAAAAGUUGAGGAAGCCAAAAAAGCUUAUUCAACUGCAAAUACAAUUGAAUGACUAUAACCGCGUUGGUGUGAAAAGUCUACUGAGGCGAAAAAUAUAUAACAAGCAAAAAAUAUGUAGGUGCACAUCGAAAACCAAAUUAUAAACAAAUGAAUGGAUGAGAAUUUAAGUGAAAAGCGCUCACGCGCGAAUGAACGACACGCCAACACAGCUACGCUUGGCUAAUUGCCCGCGGUUAGGUUUAGCAUACCGCAAGCGUAUCCAACUUUCUAGUAAUGCGCCCCAAACACCUCUCUCUCUCACCCGCUCUGCCAACAAAAUGUCACUCAAAAUGCUUUAAAACGGCAUAGCCGUGUGAAUUAUUCGUAGAGAAACCAAAAAAGUCGCGACGACGAAGAAACAAAAUCAAAGAAAAUUGCAAAAUAAAUGAAUUGAGAGAGCCAACAACGUUUGUAUAGAAAAGAAACGGUGUAUAAAAAAAAACACACACUCAUGCACAAAUUAACUUGAAUGCCAAAUAGAAAUCAAACAUUCCUUUUGACCAACCAAAACAAAAGAAAAAAAGAAAAAAAAAAAACAACAGAAAAUAGUGAAAAAUAAAAAUAAAUACAAAAAACAACUAAGCAAAGGCACUCUUAUACACCGUCUACGCACACACACACACACCCACAACCACACACAUACUAGCCAACACAAUGCUGCGUAGUUGUGUGUGUUUGGGUCGUGGCGCGAAACGACGCAGCUCCUCGCUAGAGGAUACCUCAUCGUGCCGGUCAUCAGAAAUUGAACGUGUCGCCAAACGUAUGGAGACUAUGACCGUCUACACGAAAACCACAUCGACAUCAAAAACGACAACCACAACAACAAGCAAACUGCAGCAGCAACAGCUGCAGCAAAGCAGCGGUAGCGGGCGCAGCACCACUUCCAGUCUAUUGCAGUUCUUCCAAUCGAAAACGUGGUACCGGCAUUGGCGUAAAACGGAACGUUCGAUGAGCAUGUCAAAGACCGAAAGAACUUUGCGAGCAGCUUUGCUGAUUCAGCGUUGGUAUCGACGCUACAGGGCGCGCAUGGAGGUGCGUCGUCGCUACACAUGGAACAUAUUUACUAAUCUGGAAUAUGCCGGUGAAAAUGAUCAAGUUGAGUUAUACAACUUCUUCAAUGCACUACUUACACACAUUCCCGAAGCUGCUGCUGCCCAGCGUCCAUCAAUACAAAAGGACCCGGAGAUCUCAUUAGAUUUCAGUGAGGAUGGCCAAUAUCGGUCGGAUAAAAAUUACGAGGGACCACAUUUGAAAUUUCCCUUAACGAAGAAGGAUGUAGUAACACUAAUUGAUUUGUUUCGCAAGAAAAAGUCGGAGCGUCUACUAGCCAAAUAUGUGGGCAGUAUUCUAAAAGAGGCUGCAUUUAAAUUGAAACGACUUCCAAAUCUUAAUCAAGCAUCAACGGCGAUAUCCAAACAGGUUACCAUAAUUGGAGAUUUGCAUGGCAAACUUGAUGAUCUCUUGGUGAUUUUCUAUAAGAAUGGUCUUCCUUCGGUCGAAAAUCCUUAUGUCUUCAAUGGUGAUUUCGUCGAUCGAGGUAAAAAGGGGCUUGAGGUCUUCCUACUCCUGCUUUCCUGCUUCCUUGCCUUUCCUGGUGCGGUGCAUUUGAAUCGCGGCAAUCAUGAGGAUUCAGUAAUGAAUGCGCGUUACGGUUUCAUACGCGAGGUGCAACAAAAGUAUCGUCGCAAUUCUGAGAAAUUGAUGAUAAUGAUUGAUGAGGUUUACCGUUGGUUACCGCUGGGAACUAUCCUCAACAAUCGAGUGCUGAUUGUGCAUGGCGGCAUAUCGGACACUACGGAUUUGGAUAUGAUAAAAAGUAUCGACCGUGGCAAGUAUGUCUCUAUUUUGCGACCACCCAUCGAGAUGGCGGGCGAGGAUGGCGUCGAUAAGACCGAAUGGAAACAGGUUUUCGAUAUAAUGUGGAGUGACCCUCAGAUGACCGACGGUUGCCAGCCAAACGCAUUGCGUGGUGCUGGCACGUAUUUCGGACCCGAUGUAACAAAAACUUUCCUUACAAAAUACAAGCUACAAUUCCUGGUGCGAUCACACGAAUGCAAACCGGAUGGAUAUGAAUUCGCACACAAUGGACAGCUCGUCACAAUUUUCUCCGCAUCCAACUACUACGCUGUCGGCUCAAAUAAAGGUGCUUAUUUAAAGGUCGGCCCACAAUUGGACACACAAUUCGUGCAGUAUGUGUCGGCGGCGUCAAAGACGGACAAACUAUCGUUCCGGCAACGUAUGAGCAUUAUCGAAAGCUCAGCGUUACGUGAAUUAGGAGGCAGAUUGCACACCCGACGUGAACAACUCGAAAAGGAGUUUUCGAAACUCGACCCUAAGAAUACCGGCGUCAUAACGGUCAGCCAGUGGUCGGAUGCAAUGGAGCGAGUGACGCAGAUGUCUUUGCCAUGGCGUUUGAUGCGCGAUAGAUUGUCACCACAACUUCCAGGAAGCGAUCCAAAUCUCGUUAAUUAUUUCACUACUUUGGAGCUGCUCGACACAGAUGUUAUUAUUGAAGAAGCGGAGUCCUCACCUAGUGUUACCGAUGCCCUAUACAAAAAUAAGUCCAGCUUAAUAGCAAUAUUUCACAUACUGGACAAGGAUCAUUCGGGGCAGAUAUCAUUAGAUGAGUUUGGUGAUGCCGUAGAUUUGCUACGAAAAUAUAUGCCUACAGCUGGCACCAAGAAGGAAUUGAUGCAUAUGUGUGAAAUGAUGGAUAUCAAUAAAGAUGGCUUUGUGGAUCUUAAUGAGUUUCUGGAGGCGUUUCGUCUUAGCGAUCAAGCGCGCAAAGAUGCGCAACCUACAAAACCAAAGGGGCGAACUCACAAUACAUUGCGUGUUGCUGAACUUGCAGAAACUUUGACGCUUCAUAAGAUUGAAGAUACCGAAGUCGAUAUCGACCCUAGGGAUCAUGUGUCAACCACACACCCUGACAAAAAAUAAGCCACACUAGGCGACUACUAAUACUUUCACAUUCAUAAAGAGUUUUCGUUUUUUAAAUUAACUAACCGUAGUUUAACAGCAAUAGUUGUAAAAAUAAAAUUAAUUGAAAUUCCUUAAAAGAAGAAGUAACUGCUAGUUUAUAUGAAAUAUACAUAAUUAUAUUAUAUAAUAUUGAUAUAUUUUAAUACAUAAAAUAUUUGAUUUAGCUAAGCAACAGCCAAAAAAUUGCUCAUGCGUCGCUGGUUCUAUGCAAUCACAAAAUAACUCAACAUUUCAUGUAUUUCAAUUAAAUAGCAAAUUAAGUUCAUAAAUAUCUAUAAUUUUCUGUUAAGCAUCGAAAUAUGUUUAUUUGUUACCAAUACGACGUGGUGGCAAUUUUUCUAAGACUAUUGACUAUUGCUAAAUUAUGAAACGCCAAAACUUGAAUUGGCUCCACCAAAAAUUAUUAAAAUUCGAGUUGUACCGUUAUUGCACAGAACCAUCGAAAUAUUGAGCGCAUGAUGCGAUAUUUGAUCUUCUUCAGUUACUAAACUUGUAUAUUUUAGAAUUUGUAAUUAAUAUAUUUAUUAAGGAAAGCUGCUUGCUUCAUGCAAUAGAUUCUUACUCCGUCCAACUGCUAUAUAUAAGUACUCUGUAUAACUCAUUUGUUAGCUAAGGAAUUGUUUUAAAAUAUAUCCAAUUUAUUAAUGAAUAAUAUAUGCAUAUAGUUUAUUUCCUUUUUUUAUAAUAGCUUUGCGGCUCUAAGUCAAAAUAUGUCAUUUUGAAACUAAUUUCAGCUUAUAAAUAAAAUAUUAAAAUGCCUCAAUUACUAGACUAAACUAAUUUACAUAGAAAAAUUAUUAAUACAAAUACCGUACAUAUUAAUAUAUAUUAUAAAAUAUUUGUUGAUUAGGAAUAAUAAUUUACAAAAAUAUUAUAUAUUUAGUAAAGCUAGCUUUUGCAAACGUAGUGAUCUCAAAUUGGUCCGUUUGCAAUAGAACUCCCAUUAAUCAAUUCUAAUUGGUGAAGGCGAACUUCACUCUGAAUUCCUCUUUGCUGUUCAGUGCUCUGGUCGCUCUCACAACAGUCGACUCACACUUGCAUAGCAACUGCAUGAGAUGCGCUAGAGUUAUUUAUGCUUAACUUGUACAGAGGCGUGCAUGAUGGUUUUCUUUAAUAUAUGCAAUGACUGCAAUACUGACAAUUUGACUCGAAUGAUUUUUUUAAUUUUUUGUUUUUUCAAUUAUUUUCAUUUUUAAUCAGAGCAAAUUCUCAAACUCUAUACACAAUGUAGAGAAAUUCUACAAUACAAACUUCCAUCAAAAUGUUUAAACUUUUUAAUCUGAUAUUUAAUUUAAAAUCAAUUUUUUUAUUAUUUUAUAAGAGAUAACAUAGUUUAAAGUUUGAUUUAUAUGACUUUGCCUAAAGAAUAAACAAUAAUAGAUAUAAAAAAUUUCGAAUGGAUUGGUGCGUGACUAGGAUUCGGAAGUAAACAGGUUCUAACCCAAGUAAUAGUUGUUUCUAAUAGUGGUCGCAUCUCAACGGACAAUGAUAAAUCUCCGGGUAUUUCAGCGCCUCAUGAAAAACCAUUUGCCGUUCUGAGUCAGCUAAAACAUCAGUACAAAAACUAAAAAUUUGCCAUUAGCGCUGAAAUACGGUCAAUUGAAAUAAACAUUUUGGUUGAUUAUUUGAUUUUAAUAUCCAUAACUUUGUUCAAGCAAGAUGUGGCACAGAUUGUAAAUGUUCAACUAAGUAAAAUCAUAAGUUCUGACACAUGACGCAUAUUAUUUUUAUUUCAUAGCAAAAAUAUUAUCGAUUUAUCAAAUGCCAAAAAUUAGAUGAACCACCCUGAGCUGCACACAAUAAAAUUUUGUGUAACCCGGUUAUGUAAAAUUAAUCGGCCAGCAGCAAAUGGCUGAACUCCUCGCUUAAACUCGUUACAUGCAUUUUUUAGUGAACCCAAAAUAAAACAAAAAAUUUAAAAGCAAAACGCUUUACAGUGCAAUUUUUAGCCCUGGUAAUUUUCGGAUUUUAGGAAAAAUUCUGUUAGUAAGGAUUAAUCAUAUUUAAUAACUUGCUUGAGAAUUAU